CACGAUUCUAGUGAAAGGUUGUGUUAUCGCCGACCAUGGACGACGACUUCAAGGACCGAUAUCGACACGUGUGGGAGUCGCUUGAGCAAGAGGACAAAGCUUUGGCUCAAGAGAAGAAGAAGCUCAGCGAAGAAUGGGUCGUGAUUGAAAAGUACCAGCAGUGCUACGAACAGGACCGCGCCACGUUUGAAGCCAUGGUCCACGACAAGUUUGCGUUUCUGCCAGAGGAUGAGAUGGUGCAGUUCAACAUUGGCGGCAAACUGUUCAAAUCCACCGUCAAAGUGUGGACGCGCGACCGGUUUUCCAUCUUGGCGCACGUGUGCACCGCCACGCCCAAGCUCGCGCGCGACAGCCGCGGCCACUUUUACUUUGACCGGGACUGGUGGAUCUUCAAGUACAUUUACGCGUUCCUGCGUGACAAGACCCUGCCCGAUUCCAUCGACGUCUUGCGAGACUUGUACUACGAAGCGUCGUUCUACCGCAUCACGUUAUUGCGCCAUGCAAUCGAAGCGUUUUUGAAAAACCAGUCAACCGCUGGACAAUCUGACGUUAGAAAAGGACGAAACGACCACGGGGGGUACGUCACGUCCGACGACCUUUACCGACAACCCAAGGAUCGAGUGGCGUCUGCUACGGUGCCGACGAUGCCGGAGCGAGAGUGGGCUAGUGGUAAUUCCACUGCCGCAGGGGGGGGUAACAAACCCCUCGCUCCCAAACUCGCACGCCGGCCGUCCAUGACGAAACAUCACAACAACGAGCCUGAACUCCGGUCAGCGCCACCCCGGGUCCAUCCAUUUCAUCAAGAGGAAACGAAAAGCCGACUCAACAUCCACGUGCCAUCGCAGCCAUCGUACAUGAACCAUACAUACGAUCAACAACCACCGUACGACCCAGCUUUGGAUUUCAUCGACAGACGCCAGCAGCACCAUCACCACCAGCAUCCGUCCGACUACUACUCGACAACUCAUAAUAUAGGCCAACACGAUGAUCGUCAUCGUUCCUGGCAAGAUGAAUACGACCACGAUCCGCGCCGACGAGACGGUUUCGAAGGGGACGGCGGUGGCAGACGAGGGAGUCGUAAGCAGCCACACCUGGCAUUUGACCCCCACCGUGACACAUACCACCGUGAUCACCAGGACGCACGAAGGCCAUACGAACAUGACGUGGCAGGCCGUGGUCCGAGUAGCUAUGCAAAGCACGAUCACCCUCUCCGUCGCCCCGAAAGCUACAAUCAUGACCCCCGUCGAGGUGGUGGCCCACCCUUGUCUCCACCUCUGGCCGACCCAUAUGGCUUCUUGUCGCGGCGAAAACAUAGUAGCAUGUAAACGAUAAACCCACUUUUUCUAUUCAGUACACGUGACAACAGCGGUUAGUAUUAUUUAACUAUGGAGGCACAUCAUCGGUCAACCACCAUUGUCCGUUCGGAUCAGCU